AUGGCGGACGCGGGCGCUGACAGUCUCCGGCUCUCUCCGGUAUUCGACCGCCCUCGAGAUAACCCUCUGAAUAAAAUGGAGGGCCUGAACCCAGAGCGUGCCAUGCGGUUGCUGCAGUCACGCUCUCCGGAGAAGUCCCUGUCCCCCGUCAUUACAAUUGGGCCACGAAUCACGGGUAGCAACGCUGUCGGUCUCGGCGUGGCUACCACUCGGCAGCUCACUGGCGUCAAGCGAGAGCGCUCUCCAUCGCGGGAUGGGGAAGCUCGGUCGCUUGCGCAAGUCCCCAGAACAGCGUCUCAAAGUCUGCCCCUGGUGAUUGCCGGGGUCAAGCGACGUCGUAGUCAUCUGGACGAGCCGGAGCCGCGAUCAACGCGGCAAUGGUGUUCGGUUCCUCCUGUUCUACCACCUCAGCCGCCUCCGAAUCCUCACACAAUCUACCUGGAAAGUCUCCUUGCGCCACGCUCCCUCCUGUUGACUCUCAAGUCAAGGCGUGGCGACGGCAGCCAGAUCAUUUCGACCCAGUAUCGCUCCACUACCAAUGUCGGCCUGCUUCUGGGAAACGCCAUCCAAGACCGCCUUGACAUCCCCGUCCUGCAGCUGCCGGCUCCCAGCCAGGCAGAGGGGAGUCUAGAGCGGGUUAUACAAGGAGAGCUCCUGGAAGCAGUUUGGUUUGACCUCACGCCCGAAGCAAAGUAUGCCUACGCGCGUCAACUGCGACGCAUCGUCAAUAACAUGCGGAGUGGCAUGACUUCAGUACGCAAUCCUCCCACUACCGUGGCCAGGACGAACGUGCUGGGGUCUGCCUUUUCCGGCCCCUAUUCUCUGAUGCUGGAUCAGCAUGUGCAGAAUACGUAUUGGGCAGUUCGAACGAGGCCAACUUGCCACGAAUACGUUGCUUUCUUGGCAACGUCGUUCGUCCCAUCUGUCCCGACACCAGUUGCUCACGCCCUGACGUGUCAGUUCCGAACCGACUAUCGCAUCCGCUUCACGCACGGCGAGCUGAGCCCGGGCAACAUAGUCGUCCACAAUAGCAAGAUUGUGUGCAUUCUUGGCUGGGAUAACGGAGGCUGGUAUCCGGAGUGGUGGGAGUACGCCAAGUUUUUCGAAGCCCGCACUUCUCCUGAAAACCAAGACUGGUACGACUAUGCCAACGAGAUCUUCCUGGACGCUUAUCCAAACGAGCUUGUGGCCUACCAGGGCAUUGCCAGGUGCCAGCGACAGUAG